UUAUUGCUUUAUCUAUGAUUGAAUAUCCAGGCUAUUUGAUGUUUUUAGUUAAUAUUCUCUGCAUGUGUCCCUUCUGCUCAGAUGUUUUUGGGUAUUUAAACAUUCUUCAGACUGAAUUUGACUUUGAGCAAGUAAAAAUUUGUUCUUGCUGGCAGGACAUUGCAAUGUGUGUCAAAACUUAUGCUGUCCAAUGUAGCAACUGCAUGAAAUGGAGGUCGAUUGGUACGGAAGAAGAAUAUAUGGAUAUUAGAAGCAAAGUGGAACCAUUUCAAUGUGGUGAUGGCAAAUCCGAUGUGUCUUGUGAGGACCCUGCUGAUGUGGAAAUGAAGGUUGAUGCUUCUCAUAUGUGGGUCAACGACAAGGAUGCCAUUCCUAGAACUCCUGAUGGUUUUAAGAGAAUCAUGGUGCCAAGAAGCGAUUACUCGAAGAUUGAUGUUUAUUACCUUCCUCCAACGGGGAAGAGGGUAAAGUGCUUCAGUGAAUUAAAAGCAUUUAAGGAAACAAAUGCUGAAUAUAAAAAUUUGUCCCUUAGCGAUUUUAAUUUCUCAUCUCCUAAGGUUGUGGAGGGCACGAUUUCCAAGGAUUCUGCUGGUGGUAAUGCAUAAGGCUGAAGAAAAAUAGAAUACGUAUGUGUGCGCUUAAGUGGCGUUGAACUUGCCUGCAUUUUGUUGUUGGAGAAUGGCAGCAGUGAGUUUGAAGUCUAUUGCAUGUUUUAUUAUGGUACUGUUAACUGAUUAUCUAUUGUAUGUUUUAUUAUGGUAUCAUUUGCUGUUAUCUGGUUAUCUAUUUAGAUGUUAUUAGGGUUUUUUUUAAAUCUUCUCUAUUAUCAUUUGUGUACUUUCUUUGUAUGUUUCACAAGUCGAGCAGCUCCACUAUUGGUGUUGAGGGCUUGAGUGCACAGGGUUUGUUUAAAGUCUAUACGCUACUAAGCUAGCGUAGACAGCUUUACCAAAUGCCAAAUGCGCUAUAUAUUAUAGUGUAAAUACGAUCGAAAAUAUAAGUUCCGAGUUUAUUUUGAAAAUACACUAGCAUAUGGUAAAGUUUUCUAGCAUAAGCUAGCGUCAAUUGUAGAAGUAUCGCCCUAACACCUGAUGAUUACAAUGACAGUUGAUGAAUCAAGUUUUUUGUGUAUAGAAAUCUCGUUCUCUGCUUAAAUUAAUGAUAGUUUAAUGAAUCAAAAUUUUUUGUGUCUCUGUUAUAGUUCCAAUAAAUACAAUGACAACACAGUUUGUCAUGGCUUGUGAUGAAACGCUUUAUAAUAAAUACAAUGACAACACGGUUUAUCGUGGGCUUUGUAUUGAAAUUUGUCUCAAUUGAAUGUUUUUCAAGAGGACUGCGAUCCCUCAGCUCCUCUUCAUCUGCAAGCACAAGCCAAUGUCAGAGCUUGUAUUGAAGGUAGCAUUAGGAGAGUGUGAAUCAAGUUUUAGUUUGGAGAAUGCUGUUUGUAAUCAUGGUUUCUUCAUGAUGUCUCCCAACAACUGGAUUCCCUCUACCAAAACCUUACAAAGACCUGUGAGACUCUCUGAUUCUACUACCUCUGUCAUGUUAUCCAUCUCACACCCUCCAAACCAUUCUUUCAUUUCUGUCCAAGUUCAUGACUUGGACACACUCUCCCCUUUAGACCAAGAAGCUAUAUCGGUAAGAUAUAUACAUAUAUACAUAUAUAUACACACACACACACACUGGCAAAUACAACUUGUGAUUAGUAUAUAAUUAAUGAAUAAACUACAUUUCAUUUUUGCAGAAACAAGUUUGUAGAAUGCUAAGGAUAUCGGAGAAAGAUGAAAAGGAUGUGAGAGAGUUCCAAACACUGCAUGUGGAGGCUAAGGACAAAGGUUUUGGUCGAAUUUUUCGAUCUCCUUCUCUCUUUGAAGAUGCUGUUAAGUCAAUCUUACUAUGCAAUUGCACGUGGAAAAGGUCAUUAGAGAUGGCAAAAGCACUUUGCGAGCUUCAACAAAAAGUAAUUGACCUGAAACCAAUCGGAAAAAGAGCAAGAUACUUGAGAAACCAGGCAGAAAAUGUUUCAGGUAAAAAAGUAAAAGGUCAAGUUACAGGAGAUUUUCCGAGCGCGAAGGAGCUAGCUAGUCUGGAUGAGGAUUUCUUGAAACAACAUUGCAAAGUUGGGUACAGAUCAAAGAGCAUCAUUCAACUCGCCAAAGAGUACAAAAAAGGAACGUCCAUGCUUAAUGAAGUCGAAGAGGUGUUAGACUCGACUAAUUCUUACAAAAAAAUACAUAGAAAAUUGUUGAAGAUCAAAGGUUUUGGUCGUUUUGCAAGUGCAACUGUGAUGAUGUGCAUUGGAUGCUAUGAAUAUGUUACAAUAGACAGCGAAACCAUUCGACUUUUACACAAGAUACAUGCCAUGGAAAAUUGCACUGAAGCCACAGUCAAAGAAGAUGUUAAAAGAAUUUAUGAAAAGUAUGAACCAUUUCAGUCCCUCGCUUACUGGUUUGAACUUUUAUGUGACUACGAAGAUGAAGUUGGAAAGCUCAGUGAGUUGCCACACUCUAGUUAUCACAGUGUGUCUGGAAGGCUGUUUCACUCAGGAGCAUUGAAGCAAGAACUGCGGAGCUCGUAAUCGAGAAUCUAUGGAGAUGGAAUUGAAGUCUGCUUAGAUUCAAUUGAAGUCUUUAUUUUGAUUUCGAUCUGUAAAAUUAAUGUUCCAUAUCACUAAGUGAACCAGAAUCUAUGGAGUGUGGCAUUAUGAGGAAACAGAAAAUAGGUUGUUCCAAUUUGAUUAGGACUUUUAAUUGAACUCUGUGUACUAGGAGGAGACAAGGAGAAAAUACAAGAUAAGGUGCUUC